UGAGGUAACCAAGUCACAGAAAGACAAACAUGGUAUUAACUAACUCAUAUAUGGGAAGCAGACAUAUAGAAAACUAUUACUAUAAAAUCUUUUACUCCUCCUUCACUCCUGAGAGGCAUUUCACAUUUGGUACCCUGGGUAGGGGCUGGGGCUGCUCUCUUAUCCCUGACAAGCUAGAAACUCAAAAUAAGUUUUUUUCUUUGCUUCUUCAGGUCACAUAUGGAAUCUUUUAUUCUGUGCUAAGUGACAAAGAUACAUUCCCAUCCGUGUACCAGAUUUCUCCUCAAGAAAAAGCUCUGACCCAAGGGGUGAUUCUUUUAUUGCUGCACUUUGGCUGGAAGUGGGUGGGAAUCAUUGUAGCUGAUGACCUAAAAGGAAAGGAGUUCCUCUCUGACAUGACAGCAGAGCUUGCUUCAAAAGACAUCUGUGUGGCUUUUACAGAAAAAAUACCAACUUAUAUGAAAUUGGAGUUACUGUUUGGGGGUGGAUUGGUGAAUUUGAGCCAACAUACAAAAGUAAAUGUGCAUGUAUUCUAUGGGGAUAUAGAUGAUGUCCUGUUUUUCUACAUACUAAAUGAAAUUAGGUCAAAUAGAAAGAAGAUGUGGAUCAUGGCAAAGCCGCACUUUGUUUACUUACAGUCUGUAUUUUAUAAGUGGAUUGGUUUGAUGUCCUUUUUUGAAGGUAGCUUCUCAUUUUCAAAGAAGAGAAAUAUCCCUGGCUUCAAGCACUUUAUCGAGGCACUUACACCCUCACAGUACCCAAGUGAUAUUUACUUCCAUAAAUUCUGGCUGGACAAUUUUCACUGUUCACCUUCUCCUUUGCUAUGUGGAGUUCAAGAACUCUGCCCACUGAAUAUAUCGCUAAAGAAUAAACAGGAAAUACAGGUUGUGAUGAUCACUUCUGAGCCCAGCGUUUCCAUAUGGAAUGCAGUGUAUGCAGUGGCCCAUGCCCUCCAUGAAAUGCUUUUGAGUAAAACAAAAAUAGAUUCUCACAAAGACAUAAACCAGGACAGGCUUCUACCUUGGCAGGUAAGUCUACCUCAUAGAGAAAGGAGACACUGGGAACUUAUAUUAUUAGUAGGUACUUCCCUGAGUUCAAACACACAACACACUUUUAUGUUGCUGAAAUGUUGGUUCAUUUCUCCCAUAGAUCAGCAGGAGUGUAUCCCUUGUCCAAUUCAACAGUACCCAAACCCUGAGAGAAACAACUGCCUUCAAAAGUCAAUGACAUUCCUAUCUUUGGAAGAUUCUCUGGGCUUGGCUCUGGUCUGUGCAGCUCUCUGCUUCUCUGUCAGCACAGCUGUAGUUUUGGGGAUCUUCCUCAAACAUCAAGACUCGCCCAUCGUUAAGGCCAAUAACCAGACACUCAGCUUCAUCCUGCUCAUCUCCCUCCUCCUCUGCUUCAUGUGUACCUUUCUCUUCAUUGGCCAGCCAAGCACAGCCUCCUGCAUAUUACAACAAAUUACAUUUGCACUCGUGUUCACUCUGGUUCUUUCCACUGUUUUGGCCAAAACUAUAACUGUAGUUCUGGCCUUUAGAGCUGUAAAACUAGGAAGAACAAUGAGAAGACUGUUUGUCUCGGGCAUCUAUAACUCUGUCAUCCCCAUCUGUUUCCUGAUGCAGCUUAUUCUCCUGGGAGUCUGGAUGGGAACCUCACCUCCCUAUAUUCAAGCAGAUGCACAUUCUGAACAUAGUUACAUCAUCAUUUUGUGCAACAAGGGCUCAGUCACUGCUUUCUACUGUGUGCUGGCAUACUUGGGGAUCCUGGCCCUAGGAAGCUUCACUGUGGCUUUCCUGGCUAGGAACCUGCCUGACACAUUCAAUGAAUCCAAGUUCCUGACAUUCAGCAUGCUGGUGUUCUGCAGUGUCUGGGUCACCUUCCUCCCAGUCUACCACAGCACCAAAAACAAGGCCAUGGUGGCUGUGGAGGUCUUCUCCAUCUUGGCCUCCAGUGCAGGACUGCUAGGGUGCAUCUUUAUCCCAAAGUGCUACAUUAUUCUCCUAAGACCUGACAAGAACUCUUUGAAAUGCUUCAAAAAUAAAACAAAAUAUAUACAAAACAGAUUAUUUUCAUGAAUUAACUAACUA